ACUCUUUUUCACGCUUCUUUUUUGUCAGUUGAGUCAUGGCGUGUUAAACUUACUGGAGAACCCGGUGUCGAGGGAUCUGAUUAUAUAAACGCAUCCCGCUUGCUCAGUUAUCAUAGUCUUGACGAGUUCAUAGUCACACAACACCCUUUGAUAUCAACUGAAGCCGAUUUUUGGAAGAUGGUAUGGGAUAAAAAUUCGCCGUUGAUUGUUAUCCUUUCUUCCGAAGAGGUACACAAUUUUUGGCCUACUGAGCCUCACGAAUCUCGCUCAAUUGGAUGGCUUCGUGUUGGAUUUUGCCGUUGCGAAGAGAUAAGCCCAUUAGUUACUCGGUACGAAUUCUUGCUGUCUUCCUCUCGCGAAGACUAUGCACUUCCUUGUUGCUUGCUUCGCUUCCAUGGUUGGCCUGGUGCUGAGACAAACUUGAGUAGGAAGGCUGACUUCAAUUUUACAGAAAAUCCGGUAGUUUCUAACAAAGUUUCCGGAUCUCCGAAGUCGGCAAUGAUCCAGUCAACUUUAGUUGAGGAAUCGCACACAUAUGCCAACGGCGACCCAUCAGGAUCUUGUGGUUUAAUGCCGAGACCUGAAUCGCCGGAUACACCCAAUCUCCCCUAUGCACCACUCCCAUAA